AUGCUGGUCGAUCCACCAGAGUCUUCAGCAAAGAAACGAAAGGCUGAAGUAGAAAGUCAAAAUGGCGCUAUUGACUUGAACGCAGUGGAAGAGCCUGUGGGGAAAAAGCCUCGCCUUGAUGCAUUAAAUCCUGUCGUUCUGGACGAUUUCGAGACAGAGGCUAAGCGUGAAGUAGCUGCGAGUGCUGGACUACAAGGGAGUGUCGAGACAGGCCGACUUGAGCUUCGACAUCAGGUCCGUCACCAAGUUGCAGUGCCUCCGGGAUACAAUUAUACACCCAUAACGAAGCAUGUACCACCCGCAAAACCGGACCGGGAGUACAAAUUUGAGCUGGAUCCUUUCCAAAAGGUGUCCGUGUACGCUAUACAGAGGAACGAGAGCGUCUUGGUGUCGGCGCAUACAAGUGCUGGAAAGACGGUCGUUGCCGAAUAUGCUAUCGCUCAGUGUCUGAAUAGAAAACAGCGAGUUAUCUAUACAAGUCCCAUCAAGGCUUUGAGCAAUCAAAAAUAUCGCGAAAUGCUGGCUGAAUUUGGUGACGUCGGGCUCAUGACGGGAGAUGUUACCAUCAACCCCACCGCAACAUGUCUGGUGAUGACCACAGAGAUUCUCAGGUCAAUGCUCUACCGUGGUUCCGAGAUCAUGCGCGAAGUUGCUUGGGUCGUAUUCGACGAGAUCCAUUACAUGCGCGACAAGGAGCGCGGCGUUGUUUGGGAGGAGACAAUUAUCUUGCUUCCGCAUACCGUUCGCUACGUUUUUCUUUCUGCGACCAUACCAAACGCAAUGCAGUUUGCUGAAUGGAUAUGCAAGUCGCAUGAUCAGCCAUGUCACGUCGUGUAUACGGAUUUCCGACCGACACCAUUACAGCAUUACUUGUUUCCCGCUGGUGGGGAAGGAAUCUACUUGGUUCUCAACGAAAAGGGAGAAUUCAAGGAGGAUAACUUCAGUAAAGCUAUGGGCCAACUGCAGGCCAACGCGGGGGAAGAUCCGGCGGACCCCCGUGGCGGAAAGGGAAAGAAGGGAAAGACUAAGAAGGGUGGAGAAAAGAAAGGCAUAGUAACAGUUUCCUUAGGUCCCUCGGAUAUUGCGAGGAUAGUGAAGAAGAUCAUGCAAGGCAAUUACCACCCCGUCAUCGUCUUCUCCUUCAGCAAACGGGAUUGCGAAGCCCAUGCAUUAUCACUGACCAAAUACGAAUUCAAUUCUCAGGAUGAACAGGAGCUGGUGAACAAUAUAUUCACGAAUGCCAUCGAUAAUCUCUCGGCAGACGAUAAACAGCUCCCGCAGAUAUGUACCCUUCUACCUCUCCUACGACGAGGAAUUGGUAUCCACCAUAGCGGACUUUUGCCGAUCUUGAAAGAAGUCAUUGAAAUCUUAUUCCAAGAAGGUCUGAUCAAGGUCCUCUUUGCGACGGAAACAUUUUCCAUUGGAUUGAACAUGCCUGCGAAAACCGUUGUGUUCACUGGAACACGCAAGUUUGAUGGGAAGGAACAGAGGAGUAUAUCAUCAGGAGAGUACAUUCAAAUGUCCGGGCGUGCCGGUCGACGAGGCUUGGACGACCGCGGAGUGGUGAUCUUGAUGUGCGAUGAGAAGCUGGAACCGGCAACAGCGAAGGAAAUGAUCAAGGGUGAGGCGGACCGUCUUGAUUCGGCGUUCCAUGUGGGAUAUAACAUGGUUAUGAAUUUAAUGAAAGUGGAGGGUAUCAGUCCGGAGUACAUGCUCGAAAGAUGUUUCUUCCAAUUCCAGAGUAGCGCUGGUAUUCCACAGUUGGAGAAUGAGCUGCGGAAAGAGGAAGAAGCGCUUAAAGCCUUUGUCAUCGAAGAUGAGGAGCUUGUAGUUCAAUACUAUGACUUUCGACAGCAGCUCGAUCAAAUGAGAGGAGAUUUCAGAGAAGUGAUCACUCAUCCUACGUACGCAUUACCAUUCUUGCAAUGCGGUCGACUCGUUAAGGUCAAGUACAAGACCCUGGACUUUGGGUGGGGAAUCAUUAUAAAUUAUCAAAAACGCCAGCCACCAAAAAAUCGGCCGAUGCCUAAAACAGACGAGAUUCCGCCUCACGAGCAGUAUGUCAUUGACGUUUUACUCAAUUGCGCGGCUGGUAGCAGCGUUUCCAAAGACAAGACGAAUAUUGCGGCUACACCAGGAGGCGUGGUGCCAUGUCCACCGCAUCAGAAGGGUCAACCACUAGUCGUUCCCGUUCUUUUAUCAACUAUCGAAGGGAUUAGUCACUUACGGCUAUUCCUUCCCAAAGACUUGAGAUCUUCCGAGUCUAGGGAUACCCUUUGGAAGAGCGUGGGUGAAGUGCACCGUCGUUUUCCAGAUGGUGUACCCCUUCUUGAUCCUGUACAGAAUAUGGGGAUAAAGGACGACAAGUUCCUUGGUCUCGUGAAAAAAAUCGAAGCCAUGGAAAACCAGAUGUUCAAGAGUCCUCUGCAUGAUGAUAAGCGACUACCAGAGCUGUACACCCUGUAUUCCAAAAAAAGGGAUGCGCAGGAUCGGAUAAGAGGGCUGAAGAAGCGGAUACAGAGUACGCAUGAUGUGUUGCAACUGGAAGAGCUCAAAUGUCGGAAACGUGUCCUUCGACGACUAGGGUUUACGACGGCCGAAGACAUCGUCGACGUCAAAGGCCGGGUUGCGUGCGAGAUUUCUACGGGGGAUGAACUGCUGCUAACGGAGCUGACAUUUAACGGUGUCUUUAAUACACUGGAGCCCGAGCAGUGUGCGGCACUGCUGAGUUGCUUCGUGUUUGAUGAAAAGAGCGAACAGCAGACAAAAUUGAAGGAGGAACUGGCUGCUCCGCUUCGCGUUAUGCAGGAGUUGGCGCGACGCAUAGCAAAGGUGUCAAAAGAAUCGAAGCUUCCAAUGGACGAGGACGUGUACGUCUCCUCCUUUAAGGUGGAACUCAUGGACGUGGUUAUGCAGUGGUGUCGAGGAGCAUCUUUCUCUGAAAUAUGCAAACUCACCGAUACGUUCGAGGGAAGUCUUAUCCGCGUCUUCCGGAGACUGGGCGAACUCUUGCGACAGAUGGCUCAAGCUGCCAAGGUUAUAGGAAAUGCGGAGCUUCAACAAAAGUUUGAAAAAUCGUCUGAAAUGCUGGAAAGGCCCAAUUCAGUGAUUUUCUGCUCGUCACUUUACCUGUAG